UUGCGCUCAAAUAUAUUUGAUGUCGCCGAAGACGAACGGCUACGAGGUGAGGCUGUUUCUUCAUCGGAUGAAAAUGCUACGGCUGGGGAUGCGGCGCCAAAAAUUGUAGAGAAAUCCGCAAACGUGGAUGCCGCCGUGAAUACUCCAGUUGUGGUUGAUUCAAACGAUGUUGGAAUAGUCGCCCAGAAACUGGAAUUAGAGCAUAUGGGGAGUAUAUUUGAAGAGGCGAUUGUGGAAACGCGCAGUACGCCUCUCGAAAAUCGCCCGCGACUUCCCCGCAUAGCCCUAAGUAAGCGGAAUCGGGCUUUCGUGAGGGCUGAACCCAAUGCUGGUGAAUUAUUCGGAAGGCAGCCGGGACCUUUGCGAGACGGACUCAAUUCUUUUUGA